AUGGGCCUCUUCGACAAGAACCCCGCACCACCAUCGCAGCCGCUCGCCCCGCCGCCGUCCUACAACGCCGGGGGUUCGAGCUCUAGCGUCAACUCGGGCGCCUACGGCAGCGACAAGAAGGAGCCCUUCCCACCCCCGCCGGCUGCUGAAUCGCCGUACCAGACCGGCCAGGCCGGUCCGUCGUACCAGGCGGCGUACGGCGCGGUCCUGCUCUCGUCGUCGGACAAGAUCCGGCUCCUCAACUUCCCCGAACACGUUAUCGGCGUUGUGGGCGACACGAUCACGCGCGCGUGGCCGCCUGGCAUCCAGACCCGCGGGCGACUCGAGUAUGGCGGCUUCGAGUUCAAGCUCAAGGGCAGGCCUUGGUACGGCCAAGGAUCUGAAGCAGUUCCCGCACGCCGACUGAUGAUCCACUUCCUGCACUGUAUGGCGACGCAGGGCUGGCAUCUCGCGGCAUCGACCGACUUGAGCAAGAAGAGCUGGGACAAGGACACGCUCUUCUUCCGAGCCGGACCGCCUGUGCAGCGCAUGUUCUUCAGCGUGUCGUUUAACGAGUAUGACAAGAUCCGCAUCAUUGACCCGCCAAACGACGCCAUCAAGAACGCCUUGAUCUCUGCUGUUCAUACUUGGCCGAUGGGCAUCCAGGACCAGAAGGAGAAGGAGUACGGCUGCUACCAGUUGAAGCUGCGCGGGUCGCCGUGGGCGACGUCGAACGGCGCCCAGGUCUCGCAGUCGCGCCUGCUGGCGCUCAACCUCAUGUCCACGAUGGACAACCUCGGCUACGAGCUCGCAGCCUGUGUCGACAUGAGCAUCGGCGCGGGGGACGAGAGCAAUGACAUCGACUCGUGGUUCUUUGCUAGCAAGUUGUAG